GUAAUCCUACUCAUCCUCAUCUUGUAUGAACCCAGCACUCACACACGAACAGUGUCGCUAACCAUCCAGCACAUCGUCUUAUUGGCGAGACGCACCACUCUUGGAAUUCACCACGCUCGCUGGCUUCUUUGAUCCGGUCGCCUGGUCUACUAGUACAACAGCCACUGCAUCAACGACAACACAGGAUGCUGCUGCUACGGUGGCCAUGGAAGGUGUUGGCUGUUUGAGACGGUGGAUGGGUGGUUGGUCUGGUGAGCUAUAUAACGGCCGCUUCCUCAGGAUCGUGCUAUGAUGCGAGUACGCUAUCGCUGUGACCUCUAAACAAGCAUCUCUUCAAUCAGGCCAGCACUCCUCACUGCCCAGCUCUUCCCAUACCUCGGCCUCGUCUUCAAUUUUGCACCCGCGCAGAAGAAAAAAACGUCAAAACAAGACACGAGCACACAUCCAACCAACAGAUCCACACCCUCAGCACACGCUGUGAUGAGCGCAAAUCUACGGCCAUCACGCCGGAAAUCGACCAAAGCAAUCCACACGCCACCCUCACCACCGACAUCCUCCAGUGCUGCGUCUUCCGCCUCUACCUCACGCGCACACUCACCCGCGAAACGGACAACGGAUGAAAGAGCGACCUGGCAGCGUUUAUACAAGACAUAUGAAGUACCGAGAAAGACAUUGCAUUCAGCCAUUGGACUUGCAGCGAUAGGUCUGUAUGCCUCACCGCACGUCACCCCUACACGCUUGCUCUCUCUCGGGAUUCCAGCAACGGCUGUGAUUGUCUCUGCGGAUCUGCUCCGUUUCAAUUCUCCUGCGUUUGCGAGCGUGUAUGAGCGGCAUUUGGGAUACCUGAUGCGUCCUCAAGAACGCAAAGGUUGGAAUGGUGUGAUUUUUUACUUGGUGGGUGCAUUGCUUGUGCUGGGCACGUUACCUACGGAUAUUGCAACGCUGAGUGUCUUGUUGCUUUCUUGGUGUGAUACGGCAGCGAGUACGGUGGGUCGUGCUUUGGGUCAUCAUGGACCUCAGUUACGGCCUGGUAAGAGUCUGAUUGGGACCUUUGCUGCAUUCAUGGUCGGUGCAGCAGCGACUGCAUUCUUCUACACAACACUCGUGACGUAUCGUCCACAAACGCCUCCCUCGUGGGAUCCUGCAACCAGUUCACUGGGGCUAGCACAAGUGAGUGUGUUGGGUGGUGUGGUGGCUGCAUUGAGUGAAGCGGUGGAUGUCUUUGGGUUGGAUGACAAUUUGACGAUUCCUGUGCUGAGUGGUGGAUUGCUCUGGGCUGUCCUGUGCUGGGCUGGCUACGGACACAGCUAGACUCGCAGAAGUGUAUAUGUAUGUGACUGUUGCGUUUCCUUCUACGUUGGCGAUGACCGAAGACUCCUUCUUGGGCUAUAUCUUGGUCUACUUCUUGGUCUAUAUCUGUUUCAAGAGGAAGAGAAGCAUCAUGAACCUCAAUUCCAUCUUCAGCAGGUCACGGCCCAUCCUCUCCUUGUUGUGCGUCCACUUCUCUAGCUACUGACAUAUGGCUAAUCCUCCACAGUCAUGCACCAGGCAACAAGACCUCCCAGAAAGUCCUGACACUCCUGCAACAAGCGCAUGCAGACA